ACGACUAUUCUCAAAAACACAACAAGCAUAAAUAAUAAAUGACACCGAGGAUUUACGUGGUAUACCCUGAUUUUGGGCCAGUCCACGGGAACAGCAGCUCCGGAGUAUUUCUUUACUAUUGCAACAGUAGGUUACAGAGAAUUUCAAGAUACAAGGAAAUAGAACACUCGGUGUUUCCUGGAACAACCUCACUAUUUCACUCACAAGAAUUCUCCUAUCUUCUCCUCACUAUUUCACUACCAAAACCCACAAAAGAAAUACGAACAGAAGCAGAGCACAAAGGAGAGGAAAGGGAAUGGAGAGGGAUGAUUUUCAGAGGCCAAACUCGUUGCCUUUUAUAGCAGAAGAAGAGGGAACAAAAAUGGAGAAGGUGGUUGGGAAUUCACCUGCUUCAUCUGACUUUUGUAAUUUUUUUUUUUAAUCAAUUACCACCGCCAGCUGAAGACUUCUGCACCUUCUUUUUUUUUCUUUUUGCCAUUUGGCGGGCCCAACACGUUGCUGUUGUAGUUUGGUUUCCAACCGAUUGGCUGUCUUCGAUCUAGGGUUUAUUCGACCUUCGUUCCUUAUAGUGCCGCAAUAUCUCUGAUUCGCCCGAGGAUCUAAUUGUUUUCGAUUACACUUUGACUCUGACUGAUUGUUUUCGAUGUCCGUCGCCUUUGGGUUUGGUAUCCCACCGAUUGGUUGUCUUCGUCUUCGAUCCAGGGUUACUUGGUGUUUCUUAGGGUUUAUUCGACUUUCGAUUCAUACUGUUCACGUUAUCGAGUUCUAUGGUUUCUUUCAUCUUAGUGCUAUCUGAAUCGAUCUGAUAACCUGUUUUUUCUUCUUCAGCUAUUGAUUCAGUUGACAUAAUUGUUUUUGAUGUAUGUCGCCUUUGGGUUUCGUUUCCCACCGAUUGAUUGUCUUCGAUCCAGGGUUACUUGGUGUUUCUUAGGGUUUAUUCGACUUUCGAUUCAUAGUGUGCACGUUUGCGAGUUCUAUGGUUUCUUUCAUCUGAGUGCCUUCUGAAUCGACCUGAUAACCUGUUUUUUCUUCUUCAGCUAUGGAUUCAGUUGUCAUGAUUCCCCUGAAAGGGUUGUCUAUUCCACAGCAGAAGAGGGUCUUUGACCUCUUGGCACGGCAAGAUUUGAAGAAACUGCUAGAGAUUGUGAGUGCCAACUUGGCUUUGGAACUGCUACAUUCCAUUAUACAGAUUGCUCGUGGGCAGAAUGAGAAUGUUCAGGAUCCUCUUUAUCGUCAGAUGUUAGAUAAUGCCGUCGAAUUUCAGCUAUGUUCUGGUGCAGCUACCCAGUUUAUUACCCUUGCCCGGCAAGAUGUCGUGGGGCACAUCCUGGACAUCAAGGCUUAUCCAACAAGGUCCAACCGUAACUGGACCAGACUGGAGGUGAAGAAUGUAAUAUCUGGUUUGUUCAAGUAUGGAAAAGGAAAGUGGCAAGAGAUUAGUGAAGAAUAUUUGUCAUCUAGCUACCAAACGAGCGUACAAGUGAAGGACAAGUACACCUCGCUUAUAGAUCUCGCAAAGAGGGGAAAAGCUAGAGUGAACAGAGAUGAAGUAACUCCUGAGAUGUUGGUACAGUUUAAGAUUGCCAAUGCACUUGCAAGACCUCUUUCUGCUGGUUAUGCAGCUCCUGUCAUUCAAGCCAGUAAUGCUGUGGAGCUGUUUUUGGUUGGAGCUAGCCUUGAUCCAGUACUUGUGAGGCAGGUCCUCCUCUUUAUGAGGAGGCCUGAAGUCCAUAAUUUUUUACUUAAGGGAAGGUCUCAUUAUGCCAUAGAAUUGAUUGUUGGUGCCCUUACUACACUGUACGAAGGCAGGAAACUUGGAGCUGGAUAUUGACAUAUUCGUGUGUUGCAAGAACUGGUCGAGCCCCUUACUGAUGAUGACAGAGAUGCCACCAGAGCAGAGUUGUUGGUGAUAUUUGGAGGCAUCCCAUAUAUUGACCUAGUCGUUGAUCCUACUGCUGCAGGAGUGGGUGAUCAAGAAUAGAUUUGAAGAUAUUUGGAGACAUUCCGUAUUAUGAGCUGCUGCAGGAUAGGGUGAUGAAGAGAUUGGUGAUGGUAGUGAAUGAUUCACACAAUGAUGCAUAGGCCAGUUAUGGUGAUUCAGACAGUCUUGUAAGUAAACUAGUUUGCUGUUUUUGAUUUCUUUUUUAGAUUGAAUACAUCAGAUGUGGCAUCUGAUUGAUAAAUCUGUUUUAGACUGAAUACUGGAGUGAUGAAGAGAUUGGUGAUGGUACACAAUGAUGCAUAGGCCAGUUAUGGUGAUUUAGACAGUCUUGUAAGUAAACUAGUUUGUUGUUUUUUAUUUCUUUUUUAGACUGAAUACAUCAGAUGUUGCAUCUGAUUGAUAAAUCUGUUUUAGACUGAAUACUGGAGUGAUUGAUCCAAAGAUUGUUGAUGUUAGUGAUGAUUCAGACAUUGAUGCUGAGGCCUGUUAGUAAAAUAGUAUGUUGUUGUUUUUUAUUUCUGUAUUUUAGAGUGAAUACAUAAGAUGAGUCAUC